AUGGCUGAACAAAACACAGAGAAUGAGAUCUCCGAAGCGAGCUUACCUCAUCAGCAACGCAUGUCUUUGGGCAGCUCGGAAGCACUAGCUGAAGAUGACCGAACCAUCUUCGCGCACAUGAGCGCCGGAGAGCGUGAGGAGCUUGGUCGCAUCGCCUCCAACUUUCCCCGCCAUCGACCCGUCGGCUCCGAUCUGAGUGGAAUGACCGAUGUUGAACGCAAGGAUACACUGGAAGGCGUGGAGCUGGGCGAUCCUGUCCUCGAUCCGGCAAGCGACCAAUUCGAUCAUUACAAAUGGGCCCGUAUGAUGUUGAAAUUGAUGGACAGGGAAGGUGUCCCUUUACGCAAGUCGACUGGCGUGGUGUUUGAGAACCUCAACAUCUCUGGAUCAGGAUCCGCGCUUCAAUACCAGAAUAACGUGGGUUCGGUUCCUUUGGCCCCGUUUCGUCCCCAAGAAUAUCUUUCCUGCGUAAAGAAAGUACCACAGAAGCAGAUUCUCCGGAACUUUGAUGGUGUGCUUAAAAGUGGUGAGCUGCUUAUUGUCCUCGGACGUCCUGGGAGUGGCUGCUCGACAUUUCUAAAGUCAAUCACUGGAGAACUUCAUGGACUGAAGGUUGGAAAAGGUUCCGAUGUCCAGUUCAACGGAAUUUCCAUGGAGAGAAUGUACAAGGAGUUUAAGGGUGAAGUUUUGUACAACCAGGAGGUUGACAAGCAUUUUCCCCAUCUUACUGUUGGGCAAACGCUUGAGUUCGCUGCCGCAGCGCGGACUCCGGAAAACCGGCUUUGUGGUAUAUCUCGGACAGAGUAUGCCAGAAAGAUCACGCAAGUUGCCAUGACUGUGCUUGGUUUGAGCCAUACAUACAAUACGAAAGUUGGUGAUGACUAUAUCCGAGGUGUUUCAGGUGGUGAAAGAAAGCGAGUCAGUAUCGCUGAGAUGGCUUUGUCCGGAGCUCCAGUCGGGGCAUGGGACAACAGCACCCGAGGUCUAGACUCUGCAAGUGCCCUGGAGUUUGUAAAAGCCCUACGAGUCUCUGCCAACCUCACUGGUAGCUGUCACUCCGUUGCAAUUUACCAGGCGUCCCAAGCUAUCUAUGACGUCUUCAACAAGGUGAUUGUCUUGUAUGAAGGACGACAGAUUUUCUUUGGGCGCUGCAGCGAAGCCCGGGAGUACUUUAUCGAGAUGGGCUGGGAUUGCCCACCUCGCCAGACGACUGGAGACUUCCUCACUUCGAUUACUAACCCAUCGGAAAGAAAGGUCCGAGAAGGGAUACAGAACGUUCCUCGGACGCCAGAUGAUUUCGAGAAGUACUGGAAGAACAGUCAUCAUUACACGGCGCUUCAGAAAGAAAUAUCCCAGUAUCGUGAGAACUAUCCGCUUGGAGGAGAGGCUGAAAAGGAUUUUGAUAAGACAAAGAGGCAACGACAGGCCAAGCACGCGCGUCCAAAGAGUCCUUAUAUCAUCACUAUUCCGAUGCAGGUUCGCCUUUGCGUAAAACGAGCUUAUCAACGUAUUUGGAACGACAAACCAUCUACAUUGACGACUGUCAUUGGCCGGAUCUUCAUGUCACUAAUCAUCGGUUCAAUCUAUUUCGGGACGCCUAAUGCGUCUGCAGGAUUCCAGAGCAAAGGUGCAGCGCUGUUUUUUUCUGUACUGUUGAACGCUCUUAUCAGCAUUACGGAGAUUAAUUCACUUUACGACCAACGACCUAUUAUUGAGAAACAAGCCUCCUAUGCCUUCGUCCAUCCAUUUGCCGAAGCGCUAGGAAGCAUUGUCGCCGACAUACCUGUCAAACUUGUGUCGGCAGUGAUAUUCAACGUCAUCUUCUACUUCUUGGCCAGUCUGCGAUAUGAGCCCUCUCAAUUCUUCAUAUUCUUCCUCUUUACCUUCCUCAGCACCCUCACCAUGUCAGGGGUUUUCAGAACACUGGCAGCAUCUACCAAGACCCUCGCACAGGCCAUGUCGAUGGCAGGUGUGAUCGUGCUUGCAAUCGUCAUCUACACAGGAUUCGUAAUCACAGCACCGGAGAUGUCCAAAAUCCCAUGGUUCAGUUGGAUACGCUGGAUCAAUCCAAUCUUCUACACGUUCGAAGCAUUGAUUGCCAACGAAUUCCACGGCCGUCGAUUUGAAUGCUCUUCAUUUGUACCCGCAUAUCCGAAUCUAUCAGGUGACUCCUUCAUUUGCUCUGUCAGAGGUGCUGUUGCAGGAGAAAGGACCGUAUCUGGAGAUUCCUACAUCCAAACCCAAUACUCUUACUCGUACGCACACGAAUGGAGGAAUCUAGGAAUUCUUAUCGGGUUCUGGAUUUUCUUUAUGUCUCUUUAUCUUAUCGCAUCAGAGCUGAAUUCUUCCACAUCUUCUACGGCCGAGUAUCUUGUCUUCCGGAGGGGUCAUGUUCCCGCUCAUCUGCGGCAUCUGGAAAGAGGGGGUGAAAGUGCCGCGGAAGUGACACCCGUCUCUAAGGAAUCCAAAAAGCACAAAGAGGACGAGACGUCUGUCAUUCCUUCUCAGCACGACAUCUUUACCUGGCGGAAUGUUUGCUACGAUAUCCCAGUCAAGGGCGGCCAACGGCGUCUUCUGGAUAAUGUAUCUGGAUGGGUCAAACCCGGAACUCUCACAGCCUUGAUGGGUGUUUCUGGAGCUGGAAAGACAACUUUACUGGACGUUCUUGCAAAGCGUGUCUCGAUGGGUGUCGUGACUGGUGACAUGCUCGUGAACGGCAAACCACUUGAUAACAGUUUCCAGCGGAAGACGGGCUAUGUCCAGCAGCAGGAUCUACAUCUUCCUACAACCACUGUCCGGGAAGCUUUACGGUUCAGUGCAAUGCUACGUCAGCCUAGUACUGUGUCUAAGAAAGAGAAGUAUGAAUAUGUCGAGGAUGUGAUAGAUAUGCUCGGCAUGGAAGACUUUUCGGAUGCCGUUGUUGGCUCUCCGGGCGAAGGGUUGAAUGUGGAACAAAGAAAGCUGUUGACCAUCGGCGUCGAAUUAGCUGCCAAACCUGCGCUUCUUAUCUUCCUUGAUGAACCAACUAGUGGCUUGGAUUCGCAGAGCUCAUGGGCUAUCUGCUCCUUUUUGAGGAAGCUGGCCGAGCAUGGUCAAGCUGUUCUCAGUACCAUUCACCAACCGAGUGCAUUGCUCUUCCAGGAAUUUGACCGUCUCCUAUUCCUUGCCAAGGGAGGUAGAACGGUUUAUUUUGGGGAUAUUGGUGAUCAGUCACGAACUCUUUUAGAUUAUUUUGAAAGUAACGGAGCUCGGGUUUGUGGUGGUAAUGAGAAUCCUGCAGAGUACAUGCUCGAAAUCAUCGGCGCUGGAGCCUCCGGAAAGGCCACAAAAGAUUGGGGAGACGUGUGGAACGAAAGCCAGGAAGCAAAGAAUGUUCAAUCCGAGCUGAAUCGAAUCCAUGAAGAGCGAGCUUCGGCAAGCAGUAGCGACGGAGAAUCUCACCAAGGAGAGUAUGCUAUGCCUUUUGACAAGCAGCUCCUCUAUGUGACUCACCGCUCCUUCCAAUCGUUCUGGCGCGAGCCAUCCUACGUUUGGGCGAAGAUCCUAUUAGCAACGUUAUCGUCCUUGUUCAUCGGAUUCACCUUCUUCAAGCCAGAUAGCUCUCUACAGGGCUUCCAAGAUGUGAUCUUCUCAGCUUUCAUGCUAUGCUCCAUCUUCUCCACUCUUGUCCAGUCCAUCAUGCCCAAAUUUGUGGUCCAGCGAUCUCUCUAUGAAGUACGCGAGCGACCCUCCAAAGCCUACUCAUGGGCAGCAUUCCUCAUUGCAAAUGUUGUUAUUGAGAUACCGUAUCAAGUGAUUGCCGCAAUUAUCGCUUGGGCUUGCUACUACUUCCCAGUCUAUGGAGCGGAUCAAGCGGCCAACCGCCAAGGGUUGAUGCUUUUGUUCGUGGUCCAAUUUUACUUGUUUACUUCCACCUUUGCCGCGCUGGUUAUCGCGGCCUUACCGGAUGCUGAAACGGGUGGUACUAUCGCGACACUGAUGUUCAUCAUGACACUUACCUUCAAUGGUGUCCUACAACCUCCUAGUGCUUUGCCCGGAUUCUGGAUCUUCAUGUACCGUGUCUCUCCAUUGACGUACUUGAUUUCCGGAGUGACGGCCAACGGUUUACACGGCCGGAGUAUCCGCUGUUCGACGGCUGAGUUGAGCGUUUUCAAUCCCCCGAGUGGAAUGACCUGUGGUGAAUACUUGGAUCCCUAUGUCAGUGCUGCUGGGGGCCAGCUUUACAAUCCUACUGCUUCGAGCGGUUGCCAGUACUGCCAACUAUCUAAUGCUGAUCAGUACUUGGCUGCAAGUAACAUUUACUACAGUGAAAGGUGGCGCAACUUUGGCAUUGGAUGGGCUUACAUAGGAUUCAACAUAUGCGGUACUGUGCUAAUGUACUACAUGUUCCGUGUCAAGCACUACAACCCCACGUCUCUGAUCCGUGGUAUCCGCCAGGGAGGCUCGUUCCUCUGUCGUGUAUUCAAGCGGCGGUCUGGGGAGACACCAAAAGGAAAGGAGGCAAACAAUGGGCGCUUGGUUUAA